CACCUCCACCACCACCACUACCACCUGCACCGCCUCACUCACUCAGGCCUUCAGUGUUGUGUCAGAGUGCAAGGAGGGAGGACGCAGGUCGGUGCCGCUCAAGAGAGUCUCAUGCUUACGGGAUUGCUUGUCGGCCCCCUUGACUGACUGAAGACUGCCCUUACCCACCCACGUACCUAGCCUGUCCAUGCCGCGGGAACCUACUGCUGCCCCCAGGAGGUUUAGCGGCUACUGACGAAGGAGGAACUGUAGAGGGGGAGAUAGAGUAGUGGUUGUUAGCAAGAUUUGACUACCAUUACUCAAGUGAUGAUAGAGAAGACAAGUCGAUUGUUUGAGAGGAGGACCAGUCGUGUGUCGAAUGACGGCAUGGAGAUGCUGGAGGGGGAGGAGGGGGAGGUGCCGCCAGUCAAGCAGGUGGUGGUGGGGAUCUGUGCCAUGGAGAAGAAAUCUGGAUCUAAACCCAUGAAGGAGAUUCUCACCCGCCUGGAGGAGUUUGAGUUCAUCCGCACUGUCAUCUUUCCUGAGGAGGUGAUUCUGAAGGAGCCUGUUGACAAGUGGCCACUGUGUGACUGCCUCAUCAGCUUCCACUCCAAAGGGUUCCCACUAGAGAAGGCACAGGCAUACACUGACCUCAGGAAGCCAUACAUCAUCAAUGACCUCGAGAAGCAGUAUGACCUCCAGGAUCGGCGUGUGGUGUACAGCACAUUGCAAAGGGAAGGCAUUGAGUUGCCACGCUUUGCCAUUCUUGACAGAGAUUCCAAAGACCCAUCAAAACGAGAGCUCAUAGAGGGAGAGGACCAUGUGGAGGUGAAUGGCGUCAUAUUCAACAAGCCCUUCGUGGAGAAGCCGGUGUCAGCAGAAGACCACAACAUCUACAUCUACUACCCCACAUCUGCUGGCGGCGGCUCCCAGCGGCUGUUCAGGAAGCUGGGGUGUAGGAAGGAUGGAGGAGAGAGAACCAUCAAGAUUGGCUCCAGGAGUAGUGUGUAUUCUCCAGAGAGCAGAGUGAGGAAAACGGGUUCCUACAUAUAUGAGGACUUCAUGCCCACUGACGGAACUGAUGUUAAGGUGUACACAGUGGGCCCAGAUUAUGCCCAUGCAGAGGCCAGGAAGUCACCCGCUCUGGAUGGCAAGGUUGAGAGAGACAGUGAGGGGAAGGAGGUGCGCUACCCAGUCAUUCUGUCUAAUGCUGAGAAGCUGAUCGCAAGAAAAGUGUGCCUGGCAUUCAAACAGACAGUGUGUGGGUUUGAUUUGCUAAGAGCAAAUGGCAAGUCUUACGUCUGUGAUGUCAAUGGGUUCAGCUUCGUGAAGAACUCCAGCAAGUAUUACGAUGACUGUGCCAAGAUUCUGGGCAACAUGAUCCUGCGGGAGUUGGCGCCCACCUUCCACCUUCCCUGGGCCAUCCCCUUCCAGCUGGAUGACCCUCCCUUCGUCCCAACCACCUUUGGGAAAAUGAUGGAGCUGCGGUGUGUGGUGGCUGUCAUCAGACAUGGAGACAGAACACCCAAGCAGAAGAUGAAGAUGGAAGUCAGACAUCCCAAAUUCUUUGCCUUGUUUGCCAAAUACGACGGGUACAAGGAUGGGCACGUGAAGUUAAAGAAGCCUAAGCAGCUACAGGAGGUUCUGGACAUUGCUCGUUCAUUGCUCGGGGAGAUUGAGCAGAAGCGAGCAGAUCCAGAGACUGAGGAGAAGAAGGGGAAACUGGAACAGCUCAAAAGUGUCCUUGAAAUUUUUCUAAAGGAGCUCAGGUUGCAAGAGGAACAACUUUGCUGUAUGACGUAUGGCCACUUCUCAGGAAUAAACAGAAAAGUACAGCUCAAGUACCAGCCGAGGGGAUGGAAAAGACGCUCCAGCAGUGAGGAAGGAGACUCGCCUCGGGAACCCUCACUGGUACUGAUCCUCAAGUGGGGAGGAGAACUGACCCCCGCUGGCAGGGUGCAGGCAGAAGAAUUUGGACGGAUCUUCAGGUGCAUGUACCCUGGCGGACAAGAACGGUCAGAGUGGAUUGACGAGUCAGUGACUGGAUGUGAGUAUGCCGGCACACAGGGGUUGGGGCUGCUACGGCUGCACUCCACCUACCGCCACGACCUCAAGAUCUACGCUAGUGAUGAGGGUCGGGUGCAGAUGACCGCUGCUGCUUUCGCCAAGGGUCUCCUGGCUCUGGAGGGAGAGUUGACACCAAUACUUGUACAGAUGGUGAAGAGUGCUAACACUAAUGGUCUCUUGGACAAUGACUGUGACUCCUACAAGCAUCAGAACAUGGUGAAGAACCGUCUACACGAGGCAAUGCAGCAAGACAGAAUACUAACUCAGGAGGACAUGGAGAAGCUCAACCCCACCAGCUCCCGCUCAAUCUCUACUGCUCUUGAGUUUAUUCAGAACCCUGUCAGGAUGUGUGAGCACGUCAUUUCGCUCAUCAAAAAGCUUAAUGAACGCAUCAAGAUCAGGAAGGAGGACCAGAAGACCAAAGAGCUGCCUCUCUACCACGGGGAGUCCUGGGAGCUCAUGCAGCGUCGGUGGGCCAAGCUGGAGAAGGAUUUUAGAACAAAGAACACCAAGUUUGAUAUCUCCAAGAUCCCGGACAUCUACGACUGCAUUAAAUACGAUCUGCAGCACAACAACCACACGCUACAGUUUGAGCAUGCCGAGGAGCUAUACAAGUGUGCCAAGUACCUCGCUGACGUUGUCAUUCCUCAGGAAUAUGGAAUGACACCACAGGAGAAGAUGGCUAUCAGUCAAGGCAUCUGCACUCCUCUGCUGAAGAAGAUCCGGGCAGACCUGCAGCGCAAUAUUGGGGAGGAGGAGAGUGAAGAGAACGCUGGGGAGAGCAUCAACAGAUUAAACCCUGUAUAUUCACAUGGAGUCAGCAGUCCAAGCCGCCAUGUGAGGACUCGUCUGUACUUUACCAGCGAAAGUCACAUCCACUCCCUGCUCACUGUUCUCCGCUUCGGUGGACUCAUUGAUAAUCCCAAAGAUGAGCAAUGGAACCGUGCGAUGGACUACAUAGGGGCUGUGUCUGAGCUGAACUACCUCAGCCAGAUUGUGGUGAUGCUUUAUGAAGAUCCCACCAAAGACCCUUCCUCUGACAGCAGAUUCCACGUGGAGCUUCACUUCAGUCCAGGUGUGAAUUGCUGUGUGCACAAGAACCUGCCGCCUGGCCCAGGCUUCAGACCAAAGAGUCGCAAUGAACCGGAGAAGUAUCACAUGUGCCUCCCCCGGCCCGGGGCGGCCCCCACCGUGCCCUUAUCUCCAAAGGCGGAGGCAGAGAUGAGAAGGGCUCGCGCCACUUCUCGGAUAGAUGAGGAGGAGGACCUUCAGUACAUCCUGGAGGAGAUGAGUGAGGGGGAGAAGGAGGGCGGGGUAGGAGCCAGUGUGGGGGGACGCACGGACAGUCACUCUCGCAGGACAUCGUCCACCUUGGGCCCACAGGAGACGAAAAGCAAGGAUGGUGAUAGCAAACUGUUGUUGUCCCCACCUGCAGCCAAGGAUGAGGGCGGCGAAAAGUAUGUGGAAUUACCAAGUGGAAGCAUGCAGCCUGGAGGAAUGGACGUGAGUGAAGGGGAAGUGAUAGUCAAGUCUGAGCCCAUCCCCAUCAGUGCCAGGUCACAAUCUGACUGUGGACUGGUGCCUCUGGGGGAAGUGCUCCGCCCGUACCCCAUCACACGGUCACUGUCUGAUGGAGCAUCGUCAUAUCAGCGCAAGUUGUCAGGCACGGAGAGUGUGACACGGCCACGCUCCCUGGAGGCUGACAACGUGCUCAACUCAGACCACACACCACGCCCGGAGAAAGCCGGCAGCUCCAGCCUAGACUCCCUCAGUGAAGAAGACUGGAGUCCUGGGAGUGGUAGGACCCGAGUGUUAGAGCGUCAGUACUUCAUGGAGAGCAUGAGACGGCACCGGCAUAGCAUCCCAGGCCACCUCUCGUACCUCACCUUUCUGGCCGGCCUGCAGCAGAAGGCCACCACUGCUGCUGUGCCAGUCUUCUCAACAGCCGUCAUCUCCGGGUCUACGUCAGCGCCUGACUUGCGGGACAACUUUUCUGCUCUUCCGUUUUCAGCAAGCCUGGAGGGUCUUGGAGGCGUGCCAUCCAUUCGGCCGCUGGAAACUCUGCACAACGCCCUGUCCCUCCGCCAGCUGGAUGGCUUUCUGGAGCGCAUGGCCCUCGCCCAGUUCCGCACGCCUCUCUCCUCCCCACCCAAGAUGCCUUCCACCCCGAGGCACCCCCGCACUCAGCCUCUUCCUCUCGGCCUCCAGUCUCCCUCCUCCAGUGUUGGCUGGUCUGGACCCCCAUCCUUCGUGUCAUCCUCCGGCCCCUCUUCCCCCAAUAUCACCACCCUGGAGUUCUUCUCACACCAGCACCGCUGCUACGACACCAACACAUCACAACCAGCAUCACCCAAGCUCUUCAGCACAGCUCUCCCCCUCACCACCACUACCCAGUAUGAACACACCCACCACAGUCCUUACACAACCAGAGCCCCAGCCACUUAUGCCGACACCUUCGCUGCUGAUAACAGAGCUUACGCUGAGGUGGAUGCUGCUGCUGUUAGUAGGCUCUUACAACUAACCACCUGUACUAAACCUCAACCUGACUUGGGACUACCAGGCUUAGCUGCUGAACUCAGUACUGUUGAAGGGGGAAUGGGCACACUAGACAUCUCUGGUGAGGGAAGUGACCCGGCCUCUCCAUCUGAGGGUUCUGAAAGCUUGGGGUCACACUCCCAGACAGAAGUGGCCUCUAUCAUAGAGCGUGGGGACACAGCAACUCCAGACACCCAUAGCGAUGUGCAGGACCAAGAAAUUUCAUGUCAGGAAAACACAGAACCAGAGAAUCUCUUGUCUGUCACUAACAACAGGAGUGCCACCUCAGAGUGAGCAGUGUGUGUGUGUGUGUGUGUGAGUGUGUGUGUGUGUGUGUGUGUGUGUGUGUGUGUGUGUAGAUUAGAGAGAGAGAGAGAGAGAGAGAGAGAAUGUAUAUUGAGAGCACAAGACCUUCAUUCCAAUGUCAACAUGUUAAUAGAAAUUUAAAUAUGAUGUGCAAUAUAUUUUAUUUGAUUGGAGAAUGUUUUCCUAGCAAGAUAUGGAUGCAUGUGCUGUAAGUGUACAUGGGGUGCUGAGGUGCUGUGUUCCUGAAGCAUCCUGUGCCAUGUGCUGCACCACAUCCUAUUGGAGGCAAAGUUAGCUAUGGGAAAGCAUUUCCAUUUUGAAAUCCUCAGUGUUGGACCAGUCAAAACUUCAAUUAUAUGAGUACUUCCACAAUAAUUACUACACAGCAAUUGGAAUAUAAAUGAAAACUUAUUAGACAUUUUAUAUGAAAAAUGUUGCCUGUUAAAGCUGCCUAGCUUCUAUUGUAAUAAGACUGGUAAUACAGCAAAUUACAUAGAUGAAAAUUUCUAUAUAUUUUUAGCAAAUGGAGUUUUGUUUAUUAAAUAGACAGACCAAUAUAUAUAUGUAUUUCUAUACACAGUAAACUGGAUACUGAGGCUGUGAAUGGAGCAACUGUUUGGUUAAGUUAAUGCAGCUUACUAUUUUUACAUACCUUCCUCCAGAAAGGACUCUGCACAUUUUUUUCUUCAUUUUGAGAAAAGUAUAUUUUUUCUUCCAAACUAAGUGUUUGCAAGAGUAUGGCUGUUUUGUGCUUAUGCUGCAUGCUGAUCUGUUAUGUGCCUGUCUGUCUCAUUAGCAGCUCAAGUAUGAUUUCCCUGCAGGGAAAGGCUAAAACUCUCCUUUUUACUUACAGAUUUUGUUGAAGAGUUUGGGGCUCUUGAUCCUCUUAGGUAUUACUAGUUCUGUGACCCAACACUUUGCCUCUGAUUUUAUACAAGUGAGUCAUAAGUCAUUAGGUGUUUUAGACAUGAUUCUCAAGGUAUUUUCACCAUUUUGUUAUAGUGCAUCACACACUAUAAUCUUGUGCCAUAGUGCUGUGUUCAAAGACCAGUAAACUAUUUAUCAUUUUCAUUACACUAUGUUGUGCUCAGUUAUGUUUGCUCAUAUGUAAUGCAUUUUGUUCUGUUAAGAUUUUCGUUAAAAGACGUUCAUUGUAUCUAAUUUUUCGAGAUUAUAAAGUCAGUAAAAGUUACCUAAUCUUA